UACACAUCGGAGCACCUGCUUUGUAGCCACUCUGUGUGUGGAUCUGUUCCUGACGGGCUCGAAGUGCCAACAUGCCUUCCUUUAGCUGGUGGUUGGCUCUGUCUCUGGCGGCGCUAACAGGAAACAAUAUUGGUGCUGUUGCAUCCGAGUCGGCUGAGAGGAACUGCUCUCUGUCCCCACCGUACCUCCCCAGCACAGCAGUAAAUACCGCUCUCCAGCUUCAGGAGUUACGAGAGAGAAUGCUUCCCCUGAAUAUCUUUGCCUACAUAAUCCCUGGCACUGAUGCUCACCUGAGUGAGUAUAUCGCACCGCGUGACGCCAGGGUGGCCUUCAUGACCGGCUUUACAGGCUCCGCAGGCACUGCCGUAGUUACUCAGACCAAGGCCACUCUGUGGACAGACAGCCGCUACUGGGUUCAAGCUGAGAGACAGAUGGACUGCAACUGGGAGCUGGAAAAAGACGUGUCCAUCAGCAGCAUAGCAGAGUGGCUAAUCUCUGAAGUUCCACCAGGCGGCGAGAUCGGCUUUGAUCCCUUCCUCUUCUCCCUCGGAACACAGGAGAGCUACAACAUCAAUCUGGAUUCGAGCAAUCGCAGCCUCAAGUCCAUCCCUGACAACCUGGUCGACCAAGUGUGGAAGGAAAGGCCGGACAUCCCACCUGACAACCUCACCCGCCUGCCCGGAACAGUCAUACACAGGACUUGGCAGGAGAAAGUGGACCUCAUACGGAGUCAGAUCAGAGACAAUCCAUACAAACCAACAGCUCUUCUGCUUUCAGCACUGGAUGAAACAGCCUGGCUGUUCAAUAUGCGCGGCAACGACAUUCCUUACCAUCCCUUCUUCUACUCCUACACACUGCUCACAAUGGAUGAGAUCUUGCUCUUCCUCCACUUGAAGAGAGUGCCAGAGGAGUUGAGGGACUACCUGAACUCCUCCUGUACUGGGCCCAACUGUGUGCAGCUAAAAGAAUAUGACGAUGUCGAAGAGGAAGUGAAGAAGUAUGUAGCCCAGCCCGGAGUUAAAGUGUGGAUCGGCACAGAGUACACAAACUACGCACUUUAUGAGCUCAUUACACCAGAAGAGAAACUGUUGACAAGCUCCUACUCUCCUGUGUUGACAACUAAAGCAGUGAAAGAUGAGAAGGAGCAGCAAGUCCUGAGGAAUGCUCACGUGAGGGAUGCAGUUGCAGUCAUCCAGCUGCUGAUGUGGCUGGAGGAGGCAGUGCCACUGGGGAAGGAGACUGAGCUGACGGCUGCAGCAUACAUCAAUGAGUGCCGUGGAAAACAGAAUGACAGCAGAGGCCCGAGCUUUGAGACUAUCUCUGCGAGCGGACCCAACGCUGCACUUGCCCAUUACAGCCCAACAGCAGAAACAAGCCGGAAGCUGACAGUUGAUGAGAUGUACCUGGUGGACUCUGGUGGCCAGUAUCUAGACGGGACCACUGACAUCACUCGGACUGUACACUGGGGAACCCCCACUGCACUGGAAAGGGAGGCCUUCACUCGAGUGCUCAUGGGAUGCAUUGAGAUAUCUCGGACCAUCUUUCCCUCAGGGACAAGAGGUGCAAACAUAGAGAUGCUGGGUCGCCGGGCAUUGUGGGAGGUGGGCCUGAACUAUGGCCAUGGCACAGGUCACGGUGUUGGAAACUACUUUGGAGUUCACGAGUGGCCAGUUGGCUUUCAGACCAACAACAUUCCCUUCAGAUCCGGCAUGUUCACGUCUAUAGAACCUGGAUAUUACAAGGAUAAUGAGUUUGGGAUCCGGAUCGAAGAUGUUGCCGUGAUUGUACCUGUGCAUACAAAGCAUGGUAAUAACUACCUGACUUUUGACACUGUGUCGCUGGUUCCAUAUGACAGAAAGCUGAUUGACACCUCUAUCCUCACCUCAGAACAACUUCAAUGGCUGAAUAAAUACUAUGAGACCAUCCGAAGGCUGAUGGGUCCGGAGCUGGACAAACAGGGACUACAUAAGGAGAAGGACUGGAUGCUCAAAAACACAGAGCCCUUCAUGGAGUCUGGAUCAUCUGCCUCUGUCUGUACCUCUUCACUGACCCUCAUCACUCUGGCCGUUGCUCUCCUCUACAACAUCAUCUGAGCAUCUUCAUCUUUCUUGCACUCACUCCAUACUGCAGACUUGCACCAAAGUUACCCCUAUGCAGUCUCUAUUGAGCAGCUACAGCACACUGAGGGAUGCACUGCAAUUUAGCAUUUUUUAAUUGAAGGAUAUAUUUGUUAAAUGAUUAAAUGGCUGAUGUUGUGGUGAUAAACUUUGAAAAAUUAUCUUUUGUGUGAUUUCUGAUGUUCUCGCUUGUGUCUGGUUUUUAAUCUGGACAUUUGUAUGACCAGCUGAUAUAAUUUCUAUUUUAUUAAAGUAACACUA